AUGCCGUUCCACAUCGAGUUGUGGUAUUCAAAACAGCCUGUCGGACACGGGAUUACCUUAAGGCAGUGGCCAUCUUCACACCAGAGUAGGCGAUGCAACGUUGUCAACAUGGCAUUCCGCCUCUCUCAACUCGUCCGGUGUCUUUCUUGGUUGCUGGCUUAUCGGUCGUCCCGACUGCCAAUGCUUCGUCGCAUCGCGUGGGGGGAUGGUGUGGACAAAGGAGGUCCAGACGUACAAUCACCCAAAGCAAGCUAG